CCUGGUGCCCAAGAACUGCGGCCACGACACGAUGGGCCGGGCUGCUUUUUAUUCUUCUCCUCUUCAUCUCCUACGUGCCGCGUGCCUGCGUGCCAACGUGCCAGCGUGCCAACGUGCCUAUAUGCUACCCGCUACAUUAGUAGUACUACUGUAUGGGAACUAUGGUAAGUAUGUCUUGCUGUCGCGGGUCGGGAUGAGAGGCAUGGCACCAACACGUGCUCAUGCCGUCUGUCUCGCCCUCUCUCAUUCUCCCUUCUCUCUCUCUUACUCCCGCUCCGCCGAUCAUGGCCACUCCCAGGAACAGCUCUCCCCAUUCAGUAACGACAAACUGAGGGGCUUGAACAAAGCAGACCUGCAAAGACUAGGUGGCUAACCUCCGAGACGCCACGCUUGCCACGCCGACCCGUGCUUCUCUAUCUUGCUUGUGCAAGUAAGUAGCUGGGCUGGAACCUUCUCCUUGAACCUGCAGCCCCAGACCUGCAGCCAAGAGGAUCCCAGAUUCAUGCCUUAGCUGCACGAACCUGCGCAAAAGACGGCGUGCCGCUCGGAAAGAGAGAAAGGAAAGGGAAAAAAACAAGUUAAUGUAGCGCUGGAUUCGAGAAAGACGGGCGGUUGGAUAGAUGGAUGGGAAAACAGACACAAUCCGCACGGUGGUCUCAGAAGCAGGGUUGUCCCCGUUGGACGAGAGGCCAUCUUGCUCGGGUUCCCGCCUGUCAUGUCAUCCCGCUCCGGCGCGCAGAUUCUCGAUGGAGGCCUGCAUGUUCAGGGCCAUCCUCUCCCUCUGUUUUCGCGACCACCAAGUGAGACGUGCGCGGGCGAAAAACACAGCAUGCGAGGCACCACUUCCUGCGAACCAUCUGGGAAACGGCUGGCUGGGGCGCGCGGGAAGCAAGACGUCCUUGUCUCGCGAUAGUGGAGUUUCUCUCUACUAUGCACGAUAUAGGCCCAACAGGCGACCUCUCAAGGACGGCGGGCAAAUGGCGGUCAGUUCGAAGCGGCUCGUCCUGGCUGGCUGGCUGGCUGGCUAGCUCCCUACUCUGGGGACCAAGCGCAGGGACCUCUUUCUGUCUGAUCGCCGAGGGCGUCUCGACAUUGGCCGUUCAACGUGUGGAGAGGGAAAGAGAAAGAGACGUAGGCCAUCAUGGCAGGAACAGAUAGCAUAGUACCAUAGUAGGAGGAGAAUGGGACAAAUGGAGCAGAGAUACGAAGGAAGAAAGGCUAAGCCCCUGCAUCGCCAAC